AGCCAUCGAACGGGUCACUCCCUCCACCUGGUCGGAUCAUGUGGAAGAAGAGGAGGUCCCAGCGCUUGGAGAUUUCGGCUCCUCGGGACUUUGAGCACAGACUGCACACCUCCUUUGACCCCCACGACCAGAGGUUUGUCGGUCUUCCCCAGCAAUGGCAGGGGCUGCUGGCGGAAACCCCGAAACGGCCGAAACCUUUAGUAGAUCCAUCCAGCGUCACACCUGUGGAGCUCACCCCACUAAAGCCCAUCGUCCGUGGAAGCAAGUCAGCGGCCAACGGCCACAUCACGGAGCUGCUGGCUGACCUGCAGAAAGUCUCGGUGUCGAGGUCCAACUCUUUGCGGAGGAACACGGUCUGUUUGUCUCAGGGGAAGCCCUGUCCGCUGAGGAGGAUCGAAGAAGACGGCGCCCGGGAGAUGUCGCAGAAGCCGCCCAGUUCCACCCGCCGCUGGAGCAGGAUCUUCACCCGCGGUCACCACGGCAAGAGCCGUGGAGGAGAGGGCGGGAGCGGCCAACUGAAUGGGGGUGGGCCCCACUUGAACAAGUCGGUCCAGAACCUGUCCAUCCCCUCAUUGGAGUACGAGCGGCAAAGGACACACCCAUUUCCACCCGGAGCUCGGGAUGGUGCUCUCCCCUCUGACAGGAUCCCCUCGGAGACCACCCAGCCCCACGUGGAGAGAAGGCUGAGACCGGGGAGAAGGAACAGUCUGGGCUGGAGGCCCAUCUCUUGCUUCUUUGGUUACUCCAGCCCAAAGGGCGCGAGGGGACACAGCACCUCCCCCGGCACUCCAAAUUGUGGCACCUCUGGUCACCCAUUCAACAGCAGUCUGCCCUCGGAGACCUCGCCUGGUACGUCAGUAAGAGGCACCACAACCAAACAACUCCAGGUUGACCAGUUUGAGCGGAAUGGUGGAGUAAUUCCCAACGGUGCUCCGAGGUCAGGGUGGAGUGCAGUGACAAGCGCUGAGCAGAAGCAGGCCGGAGCCACGCCCACACUGAACCCUGACUCCACUGCUACAACAGGGAACGUCACCCGGCAACCGCCUGGUUCGAGAGAGCCUGGCUCCCACCGGAACAGCUGCCCACAGCUGGUUCUAACUCACCGUGAAACCCAACCUCCCGGGGAAGGCCAAAGAGUUACACACGAGCAGUUCAGGAGUGCCAUGGCAAUGGUGGUCAACCAGACUGACCCCAGGAAACACCUGGAGACCCUCAGUCAGAUUGGGGAGGGCUCCACUGGCAUUGUGUGUGUGGCCACCGAGAAACUUACAGGCCGCAGGGUCGCAGUGAAAAGAAUGGACUUGAGGACACAGCAGCGCAGGGAGCUUCUGUUCAAUGAGGUUGUGAUCAUGAGAGACUAUCACCAUGAGAAUGUGGUGGAGAUGUACAGCAGCCACCUUGUUGGGGAUGAAUUGUGGGUGGUCAUGGAGCUGCUGCAGGGAGGUGCACUCACCGAUAUCAUCUCCUACACCAGGAUGGAUGAGGAGCAGAUCGCUACUGUUUGCCUGUCAAUACUGAAGGCUCUGGCGUAUCUCCAUUCCCACGGUGUGAUCCAUCGAGACAUCAAGAGUGACUCCAUUCUGCUGACACUUGACGGCCGGGUUAAGCUCUCAGACUUUGGGUUUUGUGCCCAAGUGAAUGAGGAGAUUCCAAGGCGUAGGUCUUUAGUUGGGACUCCGUACUGGAUGGCUCCGGAAGUGAUCGCCCGGUUACCAUACGGACCAGAGGUGGACAUCUGGUCACUGGGCAUCAUGGUGGUGGAGAUGAUUGAUGGAGAGCCCCCCUACUUCAGUGACUCUCCUGUCGAGGCUAUGAAAUUGCUGCGGGACAACUUGCCCCCCAGACCGAAGCUGGAACACAAGGUCUCCCCGAUUCUCAGGGACUUCAUCAGCCGCAUGCUUGUCCACGACGUGACAGAGAGAGCCACGUCCAUUGAGCUGCUCGAACACCCGUUUCUGCUCCAGGCUGGUUCUCCGGACUGCCUCAUCUCCUUGAUCCAGGGCUGCAGCCUGCGAUGAAGAUGCUGGAAGACUUCACAGUUCCAUUGUCCUCAGAGGGUCAAUGCUCCGGGUGCAAGGUUUGUACCAAAAGAAGAGAUGGAGGCUGGACCCACAAACACCGACUCUCAUUGGGGCACAGUCCCAUAUACACACUGACUCUCACUGGGGCACAGUCCUAUAUACACACUGACUCUCACUGGGGCACAGUCCUGUAUACACACUGACUCUCACUGGGACACAGUCCCAUAUACACACUGGCUGUCACUGAGACACAGUCCCAUACACACACUGACUCUCACUGGGACACAGUCCCAAAUACACACUGGCUGUCACUGGGACACAGUCCCAUACACACACUGACUCUCACUGGGACACAGUCCCAUACACACUGACUCUCACUGGGACACAGUCCCAUACACACUGGCUGUCACUGGGACACAGUCCCAUACACACACUGGCUCUCACUGGGACACAGUCCCAUGCACACACUGACUCUCACUGGGACACAAACCCAUAUACACACCGACUCUCACUGGGGCGCAGUCCCAUACACACACUGCCUCUCACUGGGACACAGUCCCAUAUACACACUAAUCUCACUGGGACACAGUCUCAUACACACUGCCUCUCACUGGGACACAGCCCCACACAAUCACACUGACUCUCACUGGGACACAGUCCCAUACACACACUGACUCUCAUGAGUGCACAGUCCCAUAUACACACCGACUCUCACUAGGACACAGUCCUAUUCACACACUGUGGUACAGUUCCCACACAUUCACACUGACUCUCAGUGGGAUACAGUUCCACACACACUGUCUUUUUGUCACAAGGAUCUGCGAACUGUGUGGUGCCAUGGUCGGUUCUGUUUUGUACCUCUGUGUGUUAUUGACUUUUCCAGUAGAUGGCAGUGUAUAGCUAGAUUCCCACACCUUCUCUCAGCUUAUAUCUACUCUUUCUGACCUCAAUAAAUUGUUACAAGGACCUUCAAUUCUAGAGGUUCCUAAGUACUGUGAUCCAUUGACAGACAUGACUGUAUGAGAAGGCCCCAUAAAUAAUGCAGGGGCAUAUGUUACAUGCUCACUGUGUUCUGCAAGAACUGCAUUUAUUCCUAUUCUCUGCACAUCACCCAGAGUCUUGUUUUGACACAUGGUCUUGAAAUCAAUAGGAGAUUCUACACUCUGGGGCUGGUGAUGCAGAUGAUAAAUUUGUAUCUCCCCUGUAUUCCUGAUACAAGCUGGUCUCGCAAUUGUGUUUCUGUUUAAGAAGUAUGCUGUCCAAAAUAUCCAUUCCAGUCGCAGUGGUGGGUCAGUAUCUCCCAGAGUUGAACACACCAAGCCAUUUCAGAUGGUUCACCAGCCUGGCUUCAAAUUUCAUUUGUCACAAAAAAUGAAUCAUUGCGUUUACAUAUUUCAAAGGGCAAGCAGCACUAUCUGACCUCUGAUCUGGAAAGGACUAAGCUGGGGGUAUUUUGUGUGACUAUGUAUUUUCUGAUUGCCUGUAAUGUGUGGACCGUGUAAAGCUGUAUUGUGUACACCAACAGUGCACGGUGUUCCAUAGAGCGAUUUAAAAAAAAGAAUCUCUGUUUAGACUGCACAGUGUUAGCAAACCUUCACAGCCCAUGGUGUGAUAGAAAUGAAAUGACAAACUCAUUGUUGAACCUGUUUGGAAGAAUUAAGAGGUUGAAAUGAGAGCGCUGUGAUGUUUUCAAUGAUUUCAGAAAAUCUGUCGGUUUGUUCAGUGUUAGGUCAAGUGUGACAUCUCUACCCACAACAGUGCUGUGACACUGUAACACCAGAUAAUACUGUAACACCAGAUCAUACGGUAAUACUGUAGCACCAGAUAACACUGUAACACCAGAUCAUACUGUAACACCCAAUCACAUUGUAAGACCAGAUCAUACUGUAACACCUGAUCAUACUGUAACAUCAGGUAAUACUGUAAUACCACGUAACACUGUAAUACCAGGUAAUACUGUAACACCAGAUCAUACUGUAACACCCGAUCACAUUGUAACACAAGAUAAUACUGUCAUACCAGGUAAUACUGUAACACCAGAUCAUACUGUAACACCCGAUCACAUUGUAACACAAGAUAAUACUGUCAUACCAGGUAAUACUGUAACAUCAGAUCAUAUUAUAACAUCAGGUAACACUGUAAUACCACGCAACACUGUCAUACCAGGUAAUACUGUAAGAUCAGAUCAUACUGUAACAUCAGGUAAUACUGUAAUACCACGUAACACUGUAAUACCAGGUAAAACAGUAACACCAGAUCAUACUGUAACACCUGAUCACAUUGUAACACCAGAUAAUAGUCAUACCAGAUCAUACGGUAACACUAGAUAAUACUGCAACACCAUAUCACACUGUCACCUGAUAAUACUGUAAAACCAUAUUACAUGAACACCAGGUGAUGCAGUAACACCAGAUAAUACUGUAAGACUAGAUAAUACGGUAACACUGCAACGCAGAUAGCACUGUGUGCCAGUUAACACUGUAAAACCAGAUAACACUGUAACAUGUAGCACUGUAACACCAUAUAGCAUUAUAACACUGUAUAACAUUAUAAUACCAUAGAACAUAAAGCUCACUUUCCUUGACCAAAAACCCAGACCGUGAAAAUCAGAGAUGUUUCCUCCAGAACCAAACCAUUUGCAAAGGGUCGGAUAUCCUCAAUUCAUUUUAUUCCCAUUCUUUUUGAUUUAUCUCACUUGUUAUAUUUCUUAAAUAUCUUUGAUCUUUCCAUUUCAUUGUAAGUAAGUAUGUUGAUUUAACUACAGGAUGAUAACAGGACAGGAGGAAGCCAUUCUGGCCCGUGAACAAACAAUUCAUCGUAUUCCAUCCCCCUUCUUCCCAAAGCCCUGCACAUUCUUCCUUUUCAGAUAACAAUCCAACUCCCUCCUGAAAGCUAGGAUUGUGCUCAUCUCUGCCACACUCUCAGGUCACACAUCCCAACCAUUUGCUGCAAUACUUUGUCAUGUCGCUGUUGUGUCCUUCAUCAAUUCCCUGAAAUCCUUUGGUUCUCCAUCCCAUCUGUGAAGAAUUGCUGGUAGAUUGGACUGCAGUUGAGCACAGAAUGAAAGUGGAUUCUCAAAGCUAGAAAGCACUAGCAACGGAAAUACAACAUUGUUGAUGCCCCAGAACUAACCCGACCACUUGCUGAGCUAUUCCAUUGGAGCAACAACAUUGACAUCUAUUCAAACUGGGCAUCACUGAGCAGGUUAUUGAUGAGCAGGUUACUGUUUGAUAGCACCAUUGAUGACAUCUUCUAUCAUAUCACUGAUGUGGCAGUAAUUGACCAGGUUGAAUCUUUCCUGCUUUUUAGUAUACAGGACAUACCUGGGCAAUUUUCCACAUUGUCAGGUAGAUGCCAGUGUUGUAACUGUAAUGGAACAGCGUGGUUAGGGGAGUGGCAAGUUCUGGAGCACAAGUCUUCAGUACUAUUGCUGUAAUGUCAGGAGGAUUGAUGGCUUCAUAAUAACAGUGCUGGGGGAAUGUAAUCUAGAGGCCGGAGCUAGUGUUCUGGUGACGUGCAUUCAGAUCCCACCAUGACAUUUCAGGGGGUGGGUGGUAUUUUAAUUCAAUUUGUAAAAUUAAAUCUGGAAUAAAACACUUUCCUCAUUAAUUAUGGGCAGCACAGUUGCAAAGUAGUUAGCAUUGCUGACUCACAGUGCCAGGGACCCAGGUCCGAUUCCAUCCUCAGGUGACUGUGUGGAGUUUGCACAUUCACCCCGUGUCUGCGUUGGUUUCCUCCGGGUGUUCCGGUUUCUUCCCACAAUCCAAAGAUGUGUAGGUUACGUAGAUUGGCCAUUCUAAGAUAUCCCGUAGUGUCCAGGGGUGUGCAGGCUAGAUGGGUUAGCCGAGGGAAAUACAGGGAUGGGGUGGGUCUGCGUAGAAUGCUCUUUGGAGGUUUGGUGCGGACUCAAUGGGCUGAAUGGCCUGCUUCCACACUGAAGGGAUUGAAUGAUUUUAUUAAUAAUGAUCGAUGUAAAAAUCUGUCUGGUUUACAGCUGCCUCCCAGAAACAAUACUGCUGUCCUCUUCAAAUCUGGCCUAUAUUGUCACUCCUGACCCAUAGUGAUAAUGGUUACUACCCCAGGGCAACUAGGGGAGGGCAACCUUUGCCAGUGGAGCUCACAUCCUAAGGGUAACAAGAAGGGUCCUUUGCCUUUGCUUGAUCCAAUAUGCUCACCUGUUUCUUCAUAUCAUCUGAGUGAAUCCAGUAGAAGACAGGCCCUAGGAUUAGGCCAAGAUGGAUCAUCCACUCUGCAUUUCUGGUUUGAUUGCAGUUCCUAUAAAGAGUCAAUCUCAACUUUCCAUUUCUCAAGCUCCAUAAUUUAUUGUAUUAGUGCUUCAGAUAUGUUUCUUUUCUUUUUCAUCAACUGAGGAUUUCCUCCCCACAAAUAGUUAACAGAGCCUCGAUUGUGUCCGUCCUUUUUCACCAUCUGCUGUCACCCCUUCCCCUUUCUCCCAGAAUCAUCAUAGUGACUCCCCUUUGAUCCAACCCAGCAACCUUCAUACUCAUCCUCCACCAGUUCCCAUGACCUCCAACAUGAUCGUGCUGCCAAACACAUCUCCCCCCUCCUCCCCUUUCCAUAUUCAAAGGGGACUCUGCACACAGGUCAGUCACUGAUCUACUAUCCAGUCACCUCCAAUUUGCUGUAUCCUAUCUCUGACAUCUUUCUAUGAAAGAAUUGAAGGGGUGCAACAUUUUACCCUCCCCACUCCCCACACUCCUCCAGCUAAAUAAAACAAUGAUUUAUUUGUUCGGAAGAAGAGUCAUACCUGGCUCAAAAUGUUAACUGAGUUUCUCCAGCACUUUUUGUUUUUAUUUCCGAUUGCCAG